AAUAACUAUUUCAAAAGAUAAAAGAAUAUUUCAAAGCUUACCAAUUCUUGAUUUCAUCAGAUAAAUAUAAUAUUUAAAUACCCAUAAAUUAAAAUUUAAACCACAAAUCACAAUGCGUUCGCUACCAAUGUUUUGGCGUAUGGCGGAGGAGAUGUCCCGCAUGCCACGCCUCUCCUCGCCCUUCCACGCCUUCUUUCACGAACCGCCCGUUUGGAGCGUGGCUCUUCCGAGGAACUGGCAGCAGAUUGCCCGCUGGCAGGAGCAGGAGUUCGCCCCACCGGCCACCGUCAGCAAGGAGGGCUACAAACUCACCCUGGACGUCAAGGAUUACAGCGAACUGAAGGUCAAGGUGCUGGACGAGAGUGUUGUCCUGGUGGAGGGAAAAUCGGAGCAGCAGGAGGACGAACAAGGCAGCUAUAGCUCCAGGCACUUCCUUCGCCGCUUCGUCCUGCCCGAGGGAUAUGAGGCCGACAAGGUCAGCUCAACUCUGAGCAGCGACGGCGUUCUGACCAUCAGUGUGCCCAAUCCUCCAGCGGUGGAGAAGACUCUCAAGGAGCGAGUGGUGCCCAUCGAGCAAACUGGGGAACCGGCCAAGAAGUCCGCUGAGGAGUCCAAGAACGAGACCAAACAGCAGUGAUUCAGCUAA